CAUGUGUGUUUGUUUUCUUCUCUAUUUGCUCUUAAUGAAGAAGACGAGAGUGACUUACAGGUUACGACUUGGCUACAGUAACUUUUUUUUUCCCUCGGUAAUGGUUGCUUCACAAGGUGAGGAGUUACAAUAAUUGGGGGUCGUUUUUUCCACCUGCUGGCUGCUUUUACCAUACCGUUUUCCAGAUCGAGAGUUUAUGGCGGUGACAGAGAACAAUAAUAAUAGACAGUUACCAAUUAGGUUAUUUACUCAAGGGACAGAGCCGAUGCCUAGGAAGAUUUUGAAUUGCCAAUCUCAGAAAGAAAAGAUGCCUAAGGUUUCCACAAAACUAGGAGCUGAUGCGUUGGUCAACUUGAGGAAUUCGUGUCUAGGAGUAUUUGUGGAGUUUUACGAAGCUGACUUUGUCUUUGCUGGGAGGAUUGUGCAGCACUUGCUUAUCCGUCAACUUGUCGUCCAGGAACCGUACGAAAUAUGGUGUUUGUUGGGAGACCAUCCAGUUAGGUUUUCGCUCAAUGAAUUCAGACAUCUCACUGGACUAAACUGCGAGGAACUCCCACUGGAUGAUGAUGAUGAUGACGAUGAUGGCGUAAUAAACCACCAAACUGAGUUCUGGACGAUGCUCAAGUUACCGCCUAACAAAGGUCCAAGUUGGGAAAACUUGGCUAGGUCGUUGGAUGAGUGCAGUGUUUGGUCUGUUGAGGACAGGACUAAGCUUGGAUUGUUGUGUUUUUGUCUACGUGUGUUUUUGCAAAGGACCGGGGAGGUCGGAUUCCAGUUUCAAUUGCUAAGAAGGUGCUAAGCAGAGAUACAUUUGACAUGUAUCCUUGGGGGAGACUGGCGUUUUUGCAUCUGAUUCGCGCUAUCAAAUCAGCGGAUUUAGACAAAUACAGCCUUGUUAUGGAUGGAUUCGUCCAGGUUUUGCAAGUGUGGGGAUACUGGGCGUUCCACCGUUUAGAAGAGACAUUUGGAAAUAAAAGAGAGUGCGAGGGCGUGGAACUAACAAGAUGGAAAGGUGGAAGGCCUGAUAGUAAGAAGACAUUUGACUUGGACCAGUUACUAUUGGAAGAUAUGAGAGAAUAUGGGAAGGUUCGCGUAACGCACAUGCAUUAUCAACGUGGAGAUUUGAUUAUUCCUAAAUGGGGAAACGAAGCUCAUGAUCCUUCGGUUCAUUGCAUGAUUAAAACUGUUCUGAGUCUUGGCGACCGCUUCAAGCCGACAGAUUGGUCUACCGAGGGAAUGAAAGUUGGAAAUCCUCAGCCGAAGAGAAAGGCUUCCGUCAGUCAAAGGUUAUGCGACUCUUCUGGAGUUCAUGAGGCAUGCGGUUCUCAAACUUCGACCAAGACCAGAAGGAAACGAGGCAAUAAUGUUAAACGCAGAAAUGUUGCUGGCAACGCGAGUUUGGUAGCAACACAAUCUGAGGAAUCAAAUGACUUGUGGAAUUUGUCUCUCAGUUCGUAUCGAGCCAAGAUAAGAACUGAAGACAGUGGCAUGUCGGUGUGCCAUGUUUGUAAGUGCAAGGUUAAAUUCUGAACGCCCUGUCUUCUAGAAAAACCAGCUUUGAGCUUUAUGUUUUGGAGAUCAGAAUAUAUAAUCUCUUAUCUCACCUUUCUGUUUAAGAUAUUUGUAGACCUCUGAACGUAACCUUAAAAUUAGAUAUGUUUAAUUGGA